AUGGCGAAUGAUUUAAACAACAAUGGCUACAUAAAACCUCUUGUGUUCGAUGGAGAAAAUUUUGAAUAUUGGAAAGAUAGGAUAGAAAUUUCCUUUCUAGGACAAGAUCCUGACCUAUGGGAUAUUGUGGUAGAUGGUUACAAUCAUCCUGAAGAUACAGGUGUAAAAAUAGCAAGGAAGAACAUGACAGAUAAACAAAAGAAAGAAUUCAAAAGUCAUCACAAAGCCAGAACUUUCUUGCUAAGUGCUAUCUCACAAGCAGAAUAUGAGAAAAUCACCAACAGAGAUACAACACAUGAUAUAUUUGAAUCACUUAAGAUGACUCAUGAAGGCAAUGCUCAAGUCAAAGAAACAAAAGCCCUGGACUUAAUCCAGAAGUAUGAAGCCUUCAAGAUGGAAGAGGACAAGUUUAUUGAAGCCAUAUUCUCAAGGUUUCAGACCUUGACUACUGGUCUAAGAGUUCUAAACAAAGGAUACAUGAAAGCUGAUCAUGCUAUGGAAGAAUGCUCAAGACACUUCAAAAGUGAAUGUCCUAAACUACAAAAGGAAAGGCCUAAGAAAAGGUUUGAAAGGAAGAAAAGUCUGGUGGCUACUUGGGAUGACUCUGAAUCAUCUAAAGACGAAUACAACUCAAAAGAUGAACAUGCCAACAUAGCAUUCAUGGCUACCACAGACAAGGACUCAGACUCAGAAGCUGAAACAAAUGAGGUAUUUUCUGAACUCACUAGAAAAGAGCUUGAAGAAAGCUUAUCAGAACUUCUAGAAAGACACAAUAGAUUAAGAGCAAGAUUUAAAAAGCUAAAGAUCAACCUACUAGUUGAAACAAAGAAACUUAAACAAGAAAAUGCUAAACUUAAAGAUAACAGCAUAAACUCAUAG